AUGAAAUUUGAGAACGUGAGCUUGCUUCUGUCUACACUGAGGGAUAAACUCGAGGAAUUUGGUAGCACUAUCGUGCAGCGUGGCCAAGUUGUCGAGAAGCAAAAGGGUGUUGUUCGAACGAAUUGCAUGGACUGCUUGGACCGGACCAACGUCUGCCAAAGUUCUUUUGCGAGACAUGUGCUCGACAUGCAGCUGAAAGCCGAAGGUUUCGACAUGGACGCGCAGGUUGAUCAGCAGACGACUUGGUUCAAUACCCUCUGGGCCGAUAAUGGCGACGCAGUCUCGAAACAAUAUGCAUCGACAGCGGCUAUGAAAGGAGAUUAUACAAGGACAAAGAAGAGAGACUAUCGCGGGGCGUUGAACGAUUUGAGCUUGUCCCUUGCGCGGUUCUACAGCGGCAUGGUGAAUGAUUACUUUAGUCAAACAGCAAUCGACUUCCUCCUGGGCAAUGUGAACGAGAGGGUAUUCGAAGAGUUUGAGGCGGACAUGAUGACCAAGGACCCUGCCAUCUCCGUCGCCAAGUUGCGCGAGCAGGCCAUUGAGCUGUGCCAGAAACGCGUCGUCGCCGACGAGAGUGAAGAAGUUCACGGGGCAUGGGCAUUGAUCAGUCCGCAUGUCUCGGAUACCAUUAAGUCUCUGCCCAUGGAGGAGGUCGUGCUUCUACUUACCGAUGCAGCCCUCUAUGUCUGUCGGUUUGACUGGAACAUGGACAAGGUAUCCUCGUUCGAACGAGUCGAUUUGAGAAACAUCACGGGCAUCAAGCUUGGAACCUACAUCACAUCUAUCGUCUCGCCAUCUCAUAUGGAUGCCUCAAAGAACGUUGGCUUCGUUGUCGCUUACCAGCCGGGCAAGGCUGAUGUUGUGAGGACUAACACGCGCACUUCUUCCACCCGCGGCGAGAUCGCACCUAUCAAGGACCCUGAGCCUGGAAAUGAGAAGAAUCGUCCUCUGAACCUUGUCGACUUUUUCACAUACAAGGCCCAGCCUCCAGCAGAGAAGAAGCUGGCUUUCAAGGCACCCUACGUUAAUUCCUCCACGACUGUCAGCACAGAGCACGAGACUGAGCUGCAGCAGAUCACAACCAUUGCGAGUGAGAUUGCGCGUUUGACAAAGGAGAGCCGUCUGUACAAGCGCGGCGAAGAACAUCAGGAACUGAUCCAGAAAGAAGAUAUAAUUUCCCUAGAGGAGGCGAAGAAAAACACGGGCCUGUUGGAGCAACUGGGCCAUUCAAUCAAGAGGUUGGUCUGGGCAUAG